ACGAUACGACACGUCCAGGUCAGGAGAGGCUCCAACGGUCACAUUAUCCUCGCUGACUCCGCCGCGCGCCGCGUGCUCGCCUUCCUCCCCCUCGCGCCACCACCGCCGCCGCCGAGUCCUCGUCACCGGAGAGCGAGGGGGUCUCCGCCGUGGUCGCCUGCGCGCUACGCGGCGACGCUGCCGGCUUCCUUCCGCCGGAGUCAACCUUGGGGGUAAGGGUAAGGUUUCCCCCGAGAGAGAGAGAGAGAGAGAGAGAGAGAGAGAGAGAGAGAGAGAGAGAGAGAGAGAGAUUUAGGGGUUUUCUUCUGUAGUUUUUGCUGUGAUUUCGUCUUGCGGUUCUUCUUUACAUCCGUGGAUGACACGGGCAGUAUCUACGAAAGCAUAUGCGAGUUAUCUAUCAGAUCUGGCUCCCCCGAUCCCCUUGUGUGCUAGGGUUGAUGCGCGCGUGCGAUGGCUUUGGUUGGUGCGGAUUUAGGUAUCCUUAGUUUGAUACCAACAACUUGAUAGAUUGCUGCAAACAACUCCAGUUUCUGAAUAAAGACAGUGCCGAUAUUAAUGGAUAAGAAACAGACCUCGUUAGGCACUCCUGUCUACAGGACAAAUCCCUUCGAUUCUGACUCUGAUUCUGAAGUGCCCUCAAGACCGUCAAGGGCACAAUCUGUCCCAGUGCGACGCACAGAUCAAUCUAUACAAGAGCUGGAGGACUAUGCUGUUGAUAAAGUAGAAGAAACAUCACGCAAAGUAAAUGAUUGUGUCAGAGCCGCUGAAGCAAUCAGAGAAGAUGCUACAAAAACACUGGUUACUUUGCAUCGUCAAGGUGAACAGAUCACCCGAACUCAUCGAGUAGCCGCGGAUAUUGAACACGAUCUUAGUAUGAGUGAGAAGCUUUUGGGAAGUCUAGGGGGGCUGUUUUCCAAGACAUGGAAGCCAAAGAGAAACCAACAGAUAAAAGGACCGAUUUCACAAAAUAAUUCUUUCACAAGUUCAGCGAACCACAUGGAACAGAGGCAGAGGCUAGGUAUUUCCUCAACACGUCAGCCAUCUCCAAAUCAAGUACAUCGUUCACCUGCAACUGCAAUCGAGAAAGUUCAGGUUGAGAUAGCAAAGCAGGAUGAUGCGCUCUCAGACUUGAGUAACAUGUUGGGAGAGCUGAAGGGUAUGGCAUUGGAUAUGGGCACAGAAAUUGAAAGGCAAAAUAAAUCACUGGAUGCUUUCGGUGAUGAUGUUGAUGAACUGAACUUCAGAGUUAAAGGGGCAAACCAACGGGGACGCCGGUUAUUGGGCAAAUGAUGCCAUCAGGUUGUCGAACCACAGCAACUCUGUUUCUAGCAGUUUUCUCCAUCCCAUGGGAUUCAGGACUUGUGAGUGCGAUUAGCAGAUGCGCCUACUUCAUCUGGAUAUUCUGUCGUGUCUGAAUUCUGAGCAAAUAUUCAGAUUCCCGUGUUGUGUUGUUGUAUGAGAAAUCGUCAUAUACACUUGUUGUAUGAUAAGUUGAUAGCUUCAAUUACUUGGUGUAGGACAUAACCACCAUUCCCCUUUUCUCUUAGAAUCUUGAUGUAAUCUGUACUCCUAAAUAUGCCAGAACGAGAUGAGAAGAGAAUUGAAUCAAGCGAUAGAAUUACUCCAGCAAA